CGGCAAUGUUCAUUAAAUCCCUCUCCGGUAGCUUUUCCCAAGGAGGCUCUGUAAUGGGCCUGCUUUAGUCUUCCAGCUCAACUCAGGCCUGCUGUCAUGCCAGUUCAAAGGGUGCUGUGCGUGGCUGAAAAGCCAGCCAUCGCCAAAGCUGUGGCCCAGCACUUGUCCGGUGGCUCCUUUCAAACAAUAUCCAUCCGGGGCAACCAGUAUGUGAAGAAUUAUGUAUUCGACUUCAAUUUUGGAGGUCCUUGGGGCACCUGCUCCGUGACCAUGACCAGUGUCAUUGGCCAUUUGACAGGACUGGAUUUCGAGCGUCAAUACAAAACCUGGUUGUCCUGCCCACCAGCCGCGCUUUUUGAAGCUCCAGUGCGCGAGUCGGUGGCCGAAGAUAAAGUAGCCAUUGCGGCCAAUAUUCAGGAACAAGCCAAGCGAUGCAGAGCCCUUUUCAUUUGGACUGACUGCGAUCGAGAAGGUGAGCAUAUUGGAACGGAAAUCCGCAAGCAAGCAAAGGAAGGAAACGCUCGCAUCCUCGUUAAACGGGCCAGGUUCAGCAACACGGAGAAAGCCCAUGUGCUCAAUGCUGCUCGGACGCUCAUUGAGCUAGAUGACCUCCAAGCAAAUGCAGUAGCGGCCAGAAUUGAACUCGAUCUCCGGAUCGGUGCGGCGUUCACUCGCUUGCAAACUCUUCAGUUAAAACCUCUUUCUGCAGCUCUGCAGGAAACCAUCAUAAGCUAUGGAUCCUGUCAAUUCCCGACACUCGGCUUCGUAGUUGAUCGCUACCUUCGAGUGAAGAACUUCAAACCCGAAACGUUUUGGGGCAUCAAGGUCAUGCAUUCACGGGAUGACAUCAAGGUCAAUUUUCUUUGGAAACGCGUCCAUCUUUUCGACAGGGCAGCGGUGACGGUGAUGCUGGAACGGUGCCUGGUGGCAAAGAAAGCCAAGGUCACCAAGGUCAGCCAGAAGCCCACCAGCAAAUGGAGGCCUCUGCCGUUGACGACGGUGGACCUGCAAAUGAUGGGAAGUAGAUACCUCCGCAUGGACAGUCAAACAAUCAUGAAGGUCGCAGAAGCCCUCUACACAAAGGGGUUUAUCAGUUACCCCCGUACCGAAACAGACCAAUUUGAUAAAGGAAUCGAUUUGAAGAAGCUAGUCGAAAAGCAGCUACCAGACGGAAACUGGGGUCAAUAUGCUCGGCAUCUCCUGGACGGCGCAUUCAAGACCCCCCGAGCAGGUCGACACAACGAUCAAGCCCAUCCACCCAUACAUCCCAUCUGUUGGGUCGCACCCACCGCUCUCACCGCCGAUGAGAAGAAAGUCUACGAGUUCGUCGUCCGACGCUUCCUGGCCUGCUGCUCCGAAGAUGCCAAAGGUCAAUCGACCGAAAUCGAAAUCCAAUACGGCGACGAGUUUUUCCACGCCAAGGGCCUCCUGGUUCUCGAACGAAACUACCUGGACGUCUACGUCUACGACAAAUGGGAGAGCAGUCAGCAGCUCCCAAACUUCCAGAUGGGCGAGCUGUUCGAACCAACUGAAGCCAAGAUCUUCGAUGGAAAGACCACGCCCCCGAACUAUCUGACCGAACCGGAGCUGAUUGGUCUGAUGGACGCCAAUGGAAUCGGCACGGAUGCUACCAUGGCCGAGCACAUUGCCAAGAUCAAAGAGCGACAGUACGUUGCUGUUCACUCGCGCGGAAGCGGUCGGAACGCAGUCAAAGAGCUGAUUCCCACUCGGCUGGGCAUUGCUUUGGUGGAAGGAUACGAUAAUGUCUUUGCUGGUAUGCCCGAUAGCCCUUCUCUGAGCAAGCCGUUCCUCCGUAAGGAAAUGGAGCUCCGCAUGCGGGAGAUCUGCGCUGGCUUGCGGACUCGACAGCAAGUGGUGCAGGAGAGUCUGGAUAUGUACCGAGAGGUGUUUGUGCAUACCCAGCGGCGGAUCAACAAGCUGAAAGAUGCUUGUCGAAAGUACCUGGUCGAACAGGCGGCUUGAUAGUUGUCUUGGAUUUGGAGUCGCAUUUGCAGUGACUGGACAUGAUGAUGAUACCCUUGGACCCGAUAGUCUAUUGAGAUGAAUAAAAUACAUUCGUAAGCAUUGAACGCGGUCGAAACAUUCACCCAAGCCGUAUCAUGGACUUGGCCGUGAAUAUCAUGCAAAGGAGAG